GCUCGGUCCCGCACGAUGCUCCUCGCCCGCUCCCUGCGCGCCGCCGCCGCCGCCGCGCUGCGCCCGCCGCUGCCCGCGCCGCGCCGCCCGCUCAGCUCCGCGGUGCCCCGCGCCCUGCUGCCGCCGCCCGCCGCCGCGCCCGCCCUGGCGCGCUCGCUGUGGCAGCUGGGCGGCGGCGCGGGGCGGACGGCGCUGCUGCGGCCGCGGCGGGGCUCGGCCGGCCGCGUGUCCUGCGGCUGCGGCGGGCUGCACACCGAGGGAGACAAAGCCUUUGCGCAGUUCCUGACGGACGAGAUCAAGGAGGAGAAGAAGAUCCAGAAGCACAAGUCCCUGCCCAAGGUCUCCGGGGGGUGGGAGCUCGAGGUCCACGGCACGGAGGCCAAACUGGUGCGGAAGAUCGCGGGGGAAAAGAUAACGGUUACAUUCAACAUCAAUAACAGCAUCCCACCCUCGGCUGAAGAAGACACGCAGGAACAGCAGAAACCCGAUGAGCAGGAGCCUGAACUUACAUCAACUCCAAACUUUGUAGUGGAAGUAAUAAAAGAUGAUACAAAACAGACCCUUGUGCUUGACUGCCAUUUCCCUGAAGAUGAGAUUGGACAUGAAGGAGAGGAAGAAAGUGAUAUUUUCACAAUUCGGGAGGUCAGCUUCCAGCCCACUGGAGAAGCCGACUGGAAGGACACCAACUACACCCUCAACACGGAUUCCCUGGACUGGGCUCUCUAUGAUCACCUGAUGGAUUUCCUGGCUGACAGAGGAGUGGACAACACCUUUGCUGACGAGUUAGUAGAGCUCAGCACUGCCCUGGAGCACCAGGAGUACAUCAAAUUCCUCGAAGACCUUAAAAGCUUUGUCAAAUGUCAGUAGGUCAGGCUAGGAAACUCAGCCUCAAGUGUGGCUAUUCCACAGUGCUGCUUCAUCCAGCAAUACCCAAAUAUAUCUUCACAGUGGAGACAGAGAGUAAGUAACUUGGAAGGUGGAGAAGGAGGAUUCUCACUUGGAUUUGGGGAGGUGUAGUGAUGGUGCAGCCCCAAUCAAGUUCUCCAGUGCUACAGGCCAGAAUUGCCUCGCCCUGCAUGGGGCUUUUUGUACAAUUAAGAGUGAAUGUGAAGAAUAAAAACUGUUCAACAUAUCAUUGAAAA